GUUGGGUCAGAGAAGUUCACACAGGCAGUUCAGCUAUCUUAUGACUUCAGGGGGGAAGAGAAGGAGGUGAGCCGACAGUGGGAAACUCUCUGGAGUCAGACUUUACUCUACACACACUGAACUAUGGCGAAUGCACAAAUACCCGUUGUGGCAGUCGGUCCGUUGGGAGACGGUCCGGUCCAGGUGUCCUGUCCCCAGUGCCAUCAGAUGGUCCUCACCCAGGUGGACUACUCCUCCGGUCUGCUCACCUACCUGUUCUGUGGAGGACUCUUCUUCUGUGGCUUUGUUUUAGGAUGCUGUCUCAUCCCGUUCUGUGUGGACCGGCUGAAAGACGCAAAGCACACCUGUCCCACCUGCAAGACCAUACUCGGCGUGUAUAAACGCUUAUAACUCAUACUCAAGCUGUGCAACAACGAGUCAAAUAAUCAGUAACGUUUUGACAGUAGUAUCAUAGGUUUGGUAUUUUUACCAUUUAAGCAUGUGCUGCUUUUCUGUGCCAUGCUUGGUAGUACAUAGUAUUUCAACCUGCCAUCUUAGGUAUUAGGAAAUAACACAAGGCAUUUUUUACUACUUAUAUCCAAAAUGAUUGUUCACUGAUGAUUAAAUAAGACAAAAAACUAAACACAUUUGGAUUGCUGAUAACUGAACCCCUUGUUAGGAUUAAAUGUCAGACAGCAGUUUCCUCCUGAAUGAAAGUCAAACUGAAGAUGUAAUUAUCCCGAGUAUGACAGAAUAAAGGUUACCACUGUUCUUCGUCUUGUUACUGGGCGCCUUAAAGUUUUAGAAGGUUGGACUCGAGACACAGACUUUA